AUGCUUCAAGAUAAUGGUACAAGAAUUUUGAAAGCUUCAUACAAAAGGAGAUUUUAUGGAAGUCCAAUGUUGAUAAUUGUCAUUUCUUUAAGAGAUAUCAAAAACUUGAAGACGCGUGUGUCAAGAGAAUUUGGCAUGAAGUAUUUGAAUCAUGCACAAAAAAAGAUCCUUAAAAUACAAACCAGAAGAGAUUUAACAUUUAACGAUUUUAUUGGUUUUGUUUUUGUUGUUGUCGUCGUUGUUGUUGUUUUCUUUUGGCAAAGAGAAGUAGCAAGCUUGAGGCAACAAUUGCAUCACUUGAAUGAUAGCCAAAGGCAAUUGAUGGGCCAAGAACUAUCUGGUUUGGAUUUUACUGAGCUGCAGCAUCUCGAGAGUCAAUUAGAGAUGAGUUUGAAAAGCAUUCGCACGCGAAAGGGUCAAAUUUUUAGCGAUGAGAUCAACGAAUUACACAAAAAGGGAAGCCUUAGUAGUAAAGAAAAUGAAGAACUUCAGAAGAAGAUAAACCGAAUUGGUGAAGAAAAUGCAGAACUAGAGAAGGUUAUUGGAACAAGGCGCAGAGAAUAUACAAUAUCCAAUGGUUCACAGAGUAGUAUCAGAUAUGGAUAUGAUAUACAUGAUGAACAAAUGAGUCUCCAGCUAAGGCAGCCACAACAACCACAACCAUAACAGUGAACCAAAUCUCUGGUAUUCUCUCAAACUGAGAAUGUGAAAGCUAAAACAAUGGUGAUGCAUAUCUUGCAGUGGAAUCUUGUGCUUCAAGAACCCUAUCAACGAUACUACUUCUGUAUUAUAAACUGUGUACUAGCUCAGUUUCUUUUUAAUCGUUGUUAUUUUAGAUAAAACUGUUGAUACUUGUCUAUUUUUAAAUUUCAAUGCUACAUUAACUUUUUUUUUA